AUGUCUUGGCAGACCGUCGCCCGGGGGGGCAUGCAACGCAUGCACCGCACUGCUAUCCCUCUCCCUACCGGCGUGACCAGCAUGCAAACCCAGCUCCGUCGCCUUUGUUUGUCCACCAAAUACACCCAAGCACGCCCACAGCUUCAGGCUGCGUUGCCGGUCCGAUUCCUCGUUCAGUCCAAUGCUUUCGCAACCACUACCACUGAUAGAAAGACGGCCAAGAAACCCAAGGCCAAGAGUUCCGAAGACAAGAAUUCCGAGACCAAGAAGCGGAGCCCGCGCCUGACCAAGGAGGAGAAAGAAGCUAGGGAUAUCAAACAGGAGAAGGCCCAUAUCAAAGAGCUUAAGGCAAUUGCACUGACGCCGCCCAAGAAGCUCCCCUCUACUUUCCACUCCUGUGCUAUGCAGGCGAAGGUGCCCCAGCUCAAAGGUCAAUACACGAAUAUGUCAGAGGCAUUCAAGCUAGUUUCUGAAAUGACGAAGAACAUGGGUGCUGAGGAGAGACAGCAACUUGAGGCACAGGCCAAGCAAAACGCAAUCGCCAAUGCGGAAGCCUACCAGGCUUGGAUCAAUUCCCACACACCUCUCCAGAUCAAGCAGGCCAACAUUGCCCGCCGAGAACUUUUCCGCACUCUCAACACCACUCCCAGGGGAAGGAAAUACAUGCAGCUCAAAGAUGACCGCCACAUCAAGAAACCAAUCACCGCCUACCUGGCCUAUGCGACUGAGCGCCUCAAUUCCGGUGACUUUGAAGGCGAUUGGCAGAAUGCCGUUUCCACGGUUGGCCGGCAAUGGAAGGAUAUCCCCGAGUCGGACAAACAGCGCUACCAAAAAUUGGCGGACGAAGAUCGAGCACGGUACGUCAAAGAGCACGAGGAAGUCUAUGGAUAUAUCCCCAGGGCUCUUAAAGACAAGUCUUAG